CUGGACAGAGUGUUCGGUGGGCAUCAGUGAGGCACCACACACACACACACACACACACACACACACACACCAGUACUGCCAUUCAGAGCAUGUGAGCAGACGAGAACAGCUUAAAAGAAGAAAAAACUAAGAAUUUAUUUCUUCAUCUCCUUUUUUAAAGAAAGAGUGAUAGGAUUUUUUUUUUUGGGACGGCACCAGUGACAACAGCAUGAAGAGGCUCCAUGUGGUUUCUCUGCUCCUGACUGUUUUUGCAGGCGGGCUGGUGUGGUGUUCAGAGGAUGAGACUCGUCUGGUUAAGCAUCUCUUCAGUGGCUAUAAUAAAGUGGUGAGACCAGUGAAUCAUUUUAAGGACGCUGUGGUGGUCACGGUGGGGCUGCAGCUGAUCCAGCUUAUCAGCGUGGAUGAAGUGAACCAGAUUGUGACCAGUAAUGUGCGUCUGAAGCAGCAAUGGAAAGAUGUGAACCUGCAAUGGAACCCAGAAGACUAUGGAGGGAUAAAAAAGAUCCGGAUACCAUCGACUGACAUCUGGAGACCUGACCUCGUUCUGUACAACAAUGCGGAUGGUGACUUUGCUAUUGUGCAUGAGACCAAGGUUCUGCUGGAACAUACAGGAAUGAUCACGUGGAACCCUCCAGCCAUCUUUAAGAGCUACUGUGAGAUCAUUGUGCUUCACUUCCCCUUUGACCUCCAGAACUGCAGCAUGAAACUUGGAACAUGGACCUUUGAUGGAAACCUGGUUGUCAUAAACCCUGACAAUGAUAGGCCAGAUCUGAGUAACUUUAUGGAGAGUGGAGAGUGGGUGAUGAAGGACUACAGGAGCUGGAAGCACUGGGUUUAUUAUGCCUGCUGCCCUGACACACCUUAUCUGGAUAUCACCUACCACUUCCUCAUGCUGAGGCUGCCACUAUACUUUAUCGUCAAUGUGAUCAUCCCCUGCAUACUGUUCUCCUUCCUGACCGGCCUGGUCUUCUACCUGCCCACAGACUCAGGUGAGAAGAUGACCCUCAGUAUCUCUGUCCUGUUGUCUCUGACUGUGUUCUUGCUGGUGAUUGUGGAGCUGAUCCCCUCUACCUCGAGUGCUGUUCCGCUCAUUGGCAAAUACAUGCUCUUCACCAUGGUCUUCGUCAUCGCCUCCAUCAUCAUCACCGUCAUCGUCAUCAACACACACCACCGCUCCCCCAGCACACACACCAUGCCCGCCUGGGUCCGCAAGAUUUUUAUUGAGACUGUCCCCAACCUGAUGUUCUUCUCCACUAUGAAACGGCCCAGUAUAGAGAAACAGGCAAAGAAUAUCUUCACAACUGAUCUGGACAUUUCUGAUAUCUCAGGGAAGCCAAUGCCCACUGCUGUGCCCUACCAGUCACCCAUCACCAAAAACCCAGAUGUGCGCAGUGCUAUAGAGGGCGUCAAAUACAUCGCAGAGACCAUGAAAUCUGACGAGGAGUCCAAUAAUGCCUGUGAGGAGUGGAAGUUUGUGGCCAUGGUCCUGGAUCAUAUUUUGCUGUGUGUGUUCAUGUCUGUGUGUAUAAUUGGAACACUGGCUGUGUUUGCUGGGCGUCUGAUUGAGCUGAGCAUGUUAUAACAUGGCCAGAACAUCAUUUUGACCAUAAAGGGACCUUUAGAGACCUAAAAAUGCAUGCAAGUACAUAUUUACAUAUACCAUUGGACACACCUCUGUGUAAAUGUUUGCUGUACAAUAGAGCUUUAUUUGAAUUCUUAGUGUUUUGUCAAAUAAUUUGUGUUGUACAAAGGAAACCGUACCAGUUAAAGCAACAACAUGUAGAAUUUAAAAUGUACAGUGUUAAAAGAGAUGAGUUGUUUUGAUUUUCAACACAUUCAUUGAGUGUCAUCAGACAGUACACACAUUGUGCUGAUUUUGACAAAGAUUUAGAUAAGGUGUGUCAUCUGUUUAUGCAAACCAGCUGCAUUUACCAAAAGGACACAAAUAUAUGCUGUUUCAGCACAAUAUGAGCUGAAUAUGUAAAUGAAUGUUACUUCAUCCAGAAUUUGUGCAGAAUGCGUUAGAGUAGAUUGUCAAUUGAAUACUUAUGUUGAUGCAUUAAUUGUAUUUCAUAUAUCAUUUGUACUUCUUUGUUUUUUUGUCUUGUAAAAUAAAGUAAAGCUGUCUGUACUAAAUGAAGAAAUUU